AUGCUUUAUCAUGGAUCAAUUUUCAUAUGGGUUUUCAUUCUUACUAAAUGCUCUGAAGUUUUUGCUCAAGCAAAAUUCCAACAAUUUUCGAAUUCUAGCAUAACUUCUACGUCUUAUACUACACAAUCUAACCAAUCUUCGAUCUUCAAUUCGAAGAGUGUACUAGUUGAAUCAUCAGCAGUAUCUUCAUCGAUUUAUAAUGAUGUCGAGACAACUAAUUGUCCAUCGCCGACGUUGAGCCUUCAUACUACUUCUUGGACCAGUAUAGGUACCUCAAGAAAUGAAAGCUCUGCCAAUCCUCCUGCCAUCACUACCAAGCCUCAAUGGCCUGGGAGAUUUAGCGGCGCUACAUAUGACACAGUCCCGGUCAGCAAUCCUACAUCUCAAUGGCCAAGCAAUAACAUAAGCGUGACUUCUAUCCUUACAUCCACCCUUAAUUCUACCUUACGGUCUCAAAGCUACAUUACUUCAAUAACUUUCGAACUCAACACAAACUUCGGUUAUCCAAUUGCGCCCACCAACUCGAGACAAUUGAUCGAUAAUCCAAACACGACUACAUUGUCUUUUCAUCAUCAAACGGUUACUAGUGUUGGGCACAGUGAGACGGGAACUUUCAACAAUACAGUAUUCAACGCAUCCGUCACAUCUCCUGAAUUAGAUCCCGAGACAGAUCCGUGCAUUGCUCUUGAUUCGCCUGACGACGACUAUUAUGAAUUCAUUCUAGUACCCAACACGAAAACAAUUUCACUUGCUAGCAAUGCAACAUACACCCCAAUACCAGAGUUUACACCUCCAACUUAUUGUCCGCCGGGGACAUCGCCAGCAUAUGAGCUACCAUUAUUUCCAUUUGGCAAUGACACCGAUCCGAAUCUGAUAGAUACAAGAGAAUAUCUAACAUUGUCGCCAUCAGCGUCUCCCAGUUAUUCACAAAUAAGGACGACAACCGUUGUUGUUACAAGCAAGAACCCACAGGUUGUUUUUGUCUCUUAUACUCCACCACGUUUCCCGGGAAUUCCAGUAACGAGAAUUGGCAAGCCAUCUACACCAAGUUUUCCGUCAACUUCUACACCAGGCUCUUCAACUAAAGCAGUUAGCCCUGAAACAAACAGUGUAGAGAAUCCUGAUGCAGCAUCUAACGAUGAUGUUGGAUCACCUUCACUUUCUAAAAUUACAGUGGUUGUCCUUGGAGUACCGAUUAUUUUGACACCGAGCAAUGUUAUUAUAAAUGGACAUACGAUUCAAAGGCAGAAUUCGUCUUUAACCAUUAAGCAGAAGGGGCAUAUAUUCACGGUUAAUCCAUAUCAAGUGAUAGGCCCAGGAACAACAUUGACAUUACCAAGUUCAUAUAGAGCUAUCAAAUCCACCAAUUCAGGGGCAACGAGUAUGCAGUCGCAACCAAACCCAACUUCAGCUUCCAGGGCAGGUAGCCAGGAGAAAUCACCAACUUUGAAUACCAAUUCAGGAGAUCCAGGGGCAACGGGUGUGCAACCACAACCAAAUCCAACUCAUAGUUCAGGUGGAGGGAAUGUCGAAAUGUCAGCAAUUUCAACUCUGGUGGAUAACAUUUCGGUAAGAAUAGGAGAAUCUGUUGCCGUCGUGGAUGGCAAGAGCUAUGCAAUAGGUUCGGGAGCUCCUCAAGUCGUAACUGUUAUAAACACCCAGACAAUCACGAUUGGUGUUGCCGGAAUCCAAUUUGGACACACGACUCUGGCGCCUCUACUUGUUGAACCUACGAACCAUGUGAUUAUCGGUGGUGAGCCCAUCAGUGCUGGAAACUCCUUGGCAUAUAUUGAGUCUUCAACGUUUACCUACGGAUCAGGUUUGGCCGUUCAAACUGAUGUAUUCAAUGGACAAACAAUACUCAUUUACCCCAGUGGAGUGGUCUUUGCGCAAACAACUUUAGGAGGCAACUCAAGAUCAGGAAAUCAAAUUGGAGUAGUUGGCGGUCUCUCGGUUACGGAAAUAGGUUCAUCAAUCGCAAUUAUAUCUAGCAUUACGUUCAAUGUUGGGCCUGGUGCUACUCCUACCAAGACAGUGAUCAGUGGAGAAAGUAUAUCUGCAGAUCAAAGCGGCCUGGUACUUGCUGGUACAACUUUAACAUACCCUCUCAUUCUUGCGACACAUCCUGUUACAAUUUUAAAUGUCAUAUUCACGCAAAUUGGAUCAAGUCUAGCAGUUAUAGACGGAACAACCUUUACUUUUGGACCAGGAGCAACACAUACUAGCCAUACAUUCAAUCAACAAACUAUAAAAAUUGGAAGUAAUGGCGUUGAGUUCUCAAAGACCACAUUUAAAAGUGUCUCGGAACCUUCCUCGAUGCAAGCUAUGUCUACAAUUAAAAGUAAAGGAUCGAGGCUCGAAACUACUGGCGAAGACUCAGCAUACACGUCUUCAUCUGCAGCGGCGACGUCUGCAGUGAUGGCAUCUACAGACCAAGAGAGCGACGCUGAAAGGAUCAACGGUCGAUUUGAAAUAUACAGAUGCAUCACUCUUGGUCUCAUUAUGUUGAUGACUUAG